AUGGUUCGGCUGAAGGAACUGGCGCGCGAAGAGACCGACAUCGGUGAGGACGGGACGCGAGCGCGAGCGGCGGCGACGGCGGCGCGUCGCGCGCGGGCGCGCGGGCGGAACGGCGGUGCGAUCGCGAUCGCUAAGGUUGAUUUCGAUGGCGUGAACGCUCGAGCGUACGGUGGGGCGCAGAGGGAGACGAAGGAGACGACGCUCGCGGCUGCGCUGCUUGAGAAGACGAGCGUGGAGACGCGAGACGACGUGAACGCCAGUAGAUCGAGCGACGGGCGCGCGUCGGCGGUGGGGCGUGACGUCGGCGUGCGAACGAUCGACAUGACGAGCGAUGGAACGAUGUUCAUCGGCGGAGAUGAUGGAAUCGCUAGAAGAGUCGCGAUCGGAGGCGAGACGACGGAACGGUUUUAUCCGGAUUUGUGGAGAGACAGUGAAUUCGUCAACGGGGGGCAGUUACCCGUACGCGCGGUGUGCAUAUCGCAGAAAGGGGACGAAGCGUUAGUGGGUUACGACAACGGUGGUUGGGUCAAGGUGUCUCUCAAGAGUGGGCUGACAGUCGCGUCGAGCAUGCCGCACGACGAUUUCGCCGACGUUUUCAAGUUUGUCGAAUCAAAGAAGGUGUCAAAGUAUGCGAACACCGCGCCGCAGUGUCGAGCUCUCGUCACGAACGAUGAUUUAUCGGUGAUUUAUCUCGCGUCACCGUGUUUGCGUGAUGGUCGAGUCUAUGCUUGGGAUCUGAGGGAGAGCGCAGAAGUUGACGAGCAGGAGACGACGCUAGAAAUAUGCCAAGAGCAAGAAUUCAAUAAUGCGAGCACACCGCUGAAGAGUGGAAAGCUGGACGACAUGGACGGCAUUGACGCUUACGACGCGUGGAUGAAUUGCGUCGCGGCCGGCCAAGAAUCGUCUCAGACUGCUCCGAAGAGAAUAGUAGGAACCGUCAAGCAUCUUGAGUUUCACACGGAUUGCGUCACUUCGCUAGUGCGAGUGAACAGCGCACUCAUCAGCGGCUCGAACGACUCACAUAUCGCGGUUUGGGACUUGAAGUCGAAAGCAAAAUCGCCCAAGCCAUACUCGAUGAUGCGCAUGACGUCCGCUGUGAGCGUGAUGACGACUUCAAAGGAUGGUCGAACACUCUAUGGCGCCGGAGCGGAUGGGAGCGUGCGUGUGUACGAUCUCAAGGGCAAAAGUGGGAAGCUCACCCUGCACUGGGUGCGCUCCAUCGGCGGACAGGACGGCCGCGUCACAUCGUUGUGCGCCGUGCGAAACGAUCCGUUCAUCAUCGUAGGUAGCUCGAAAGUCUCCAAUCCAGACUUGGUGUCGGUGAUCCGCGGCGAGGGGGACCUGUGUAUGUGGCGCGUCACCGAUGGCACACUCAUGUUCAGGUCGGCUGAACACGACGCCGAUGUAACAGCACUCGCGGUCAGUGCAGACGGGACGACGUUUUGCAGCGGUGACGCAAAGGGAAACAUCUGCAAACAUGUGCUCAGUAGUGAAGCUGUCGAGCGACAAGAUGCCAAGGCGCCGAUACGCAAAGGAUUUCUACUUUAA